AUGGCGCCUCAACUAGAACCGUACUUCAAAAAGGUUGACGAGCUUGCCGACUCCUUCAUCGACCGCCUGCGGAAAGCUGUCGCAAUCCCUUCCGUUUCAGCAGAUGAAGAAAGACGAAAGGAUGUCGUCCGAAUGGGCCAAUUUCUGGCCUCCGAACUCGAAUCGCUGGGCGCAGAAGUGGAACAACGCCCUCUAGGCAAACAACCCGGGAAAGAACACCUCGACCUCCCGCCAGUUAUUAUCGCCCGCUACGGGAACGACAAGUCCAAACGCACGAUCCUCGUCUACGGCCACUACGACGUCCAACCCGCCCUCGUGGAAGAUGGCUGGGCAACCACGCCCUUCGAACUUACCAUUGAUGACAAAGGGAGAAUGUACGGCCGCGGCAGCACAGACGACAAGGGUCCCGUGCUAGGCUGGCUCAACGCCAUUGAAGCCCAUCAGAAAGCUGGUGUCGAUUUCCCGGUCAAUUUGCUCUGCUGUUUUGAGGGCAUGGAAGAGUAUGGCAGUGAGGGUCUCGACGACUUCAUCAAUGCCGAGGCCAAGAGAUUCUUCAAAGACGCCGACGCCGUCUGCAUCUCCGAUAACUACUGGCUCGGGACCGAGAAACCAUGCUUGACCUACGGUCUCCGGGGUUGUAACUACUACUCUGUCGAAAUUAAAGGUCCGGGCCAGGACCUCCACAGCGGUGUCUUUGGCGGCACCGCCCAAGAACCCAUGACGGACCUCAUGACCAUCCUCUCCAAAUUGGUCUCCAAUGACGGCAAGAUCCUCAUCCCAGGUAUCAAUGAAAUGGUCGCCCCUUUGACUGAAGAAGAAAAGAAACUGUACGGACCCAUUGCCUAUACCAUGGACAACCUGUACGAGUCGCUCGGCAGCCAAACCGCAAUCUUCAACGACAAGGACCAGACCCUCAUGGCAAGGUGGCGGUAUCCCUCGUUGUCCAUCCACGGUGUGGAAGGUGCGUUCAGUGCUCCCGGAGCAAAGACCGUCAUCCCCGCCAAAGUCAUUGGCAAAUUCUCCAUUCGCACUGUGCCAAAUAUGGAAUCCUCGGCUGUCAACGAAGCGGUCUUCAAAUACAUUCGCUCUGAAUUCGCAAAGUUGAACUCCAAGAACUCGCUGGAUGUCUAUUGCCAACACGAUGGCAAGUGGUGGGUCGCUUCGCCCUCCCACUGGAAUUUCUCUGCAGCGGCCAAAGCUGUCAAGGAAGUUUUCGGUGUGGAACCCGACAUGACGAGAGAGGGCGGCUCGAUCCCAGUGACCAUCACAUUUGAGCAGGCGACGGGGAAGAACGUGCUCUUGCUGCCGAUGGGCAGCUCUACGGACGCGGCGCAUAGUAUCAACGAGAAGCUGGACCGGAGGAAUUACAUUGAGGGAACCAAGCUGUUGGGCGCGUAUCUGCAUUAUGUUGCCGAGGAACCAAUGACUGCAUCUUAG